GUCCUCAUGUACUUCAAUCGUGGCUCACUGCCGUGGCAAGGUAUAAAGGCAAAUACUAAGCAGGAGAAGUAUCACAAAAUCAUGGAAAAGAAAAUGUCUACUCCGGUUGAAGUGUUGACGAGAGGUUACCCUGCAGAGUUCGCGACAUAUCUGAACUAUUGCAGAGCAUUACGGUUUGAGGAUAGACCGGACUAUGCAUAUCUUCGGAGGUUGUUCAAGGAUUUGUUCAUGCGUGAAGGAUUCCAAAAUGAUGGAAUGUUCGACUGGGCACAGUUGAUCUACUCUGGGAACUCUCGAGGGAUGGCCCACGGGCAGAGGAUAAUUAACCAGGAUACCAUGGCUGAUAAGCGUCGUUCGGAUCAUCGAUUGGCACAACCCCGUACAAG